CAUCACUUACAUUGUGCCUGCUACUCCAGUGCUCAUGUGUGUCAUUUUGUCAUCAUACAAUUUGGCCAAUCCGAAAUCCGAGAUCUUAGGGGCAAGUUCGGAAUCAAGCAAGAUGUUACUGGCCUUCACGUCCCGGCCGUGAUUCCUCGUGAAGGUACGCGAGACCUCUUGCAACCCCCAAGCAAAUCUGGUAACGUGUUCCCCAGUCCAGGAAUAAACUUUUCCUUCCUGAAGUUAAGUUUCAUCAAUUUAUGUCAUUCUCAAUCCCAAAUAUCAAAUAAUAGAAAAGCUGAUGAUGAUGUCCAAACAAUAUUUGGUCGAGGCUCUUGUUCUCGAGAUACUCAUAGACGAGCAAGCGUUUAUCACCCUCGAUACAACAGCCGUACAGUUUCACAAGGUUACGGUGUUGCACGGCGGAUAUUGUGGCAAUUUCCGCAAGGAACUGACUCUUUCCCUGACGUGAUGCCACUGACAGUUGCUUCACUGCAACUGCUCUCCCAUCUCCAAGUGAACCCUGUUUUUCCCAAGUCCAAAACCUCCCUCUCCCAGCUUAUUAUCAGCAUUGAAGUCAUUCGUAGCGGCUUUAAGUUCGGCAAAACUGAAAGUGUAAGGUCGUGCUUCGAGCCCCAGUAA